UCGAUUCGGCGAUCGUCGCGCCCCCUCAAAACACAAGCACAGGCCAGCACAUCGUUAUGAACGAGUAGACACAGUUGAAACCGAAAUGAUACUGAGUUUUGAGGAUCCACUGUGAAAAAUUGCAAGUUCAUCACAUACCACUCUGCUUUCAGUAACUCUUGUUUUACUGUCGGCACCCCAGGAGGACAUCCUAGUAUAAAAUGACCCAAGAGAAAGCAAAAGACGACUGUUCGCCGAGAAGCACAAGCCGCAGCUCAAGUGAUGCAUCGAAAUCGAAAGAAAAGAAGGAAAAGUCGUUUCUGUCGAAGGUUGUGAUCAGACGUUUACCUGCCAGCAUGACAGAGGAACAAUUUCUGGAACAAAUUUCGCCGGUUCCUGAGAACGACUAUCUAUAUUUUGUAAAGGCAGACCUCGGGCUUGGUCAGCAUGCAUUCUCCAGAGCCUACAUAAAUUUUAUCAAUCAGGAUGACAUCUAUAUCUUCAAGGAGAAGUUUGACGGUUAUGUCUUUCUGGAUGUGAAAGGGAACGAGUAUCCAGCUAUUGUCGAGUAUGCCCCUUUCCAGAAGACCCCGAAGCGUAGAGUCCGGAAACAGGACCCAAAGUCAGGCACUUUAGAGCAGGAUGCGGAAUAUAUAAAGUUCCUCGAGAGUUUAGAGCAACCGGAAGAAGUCACCUUGCCACCAUUGGAAACUUACAUUGAAGAAAUUGAAGCGAGAGAGAAGGAAAUGAAAGCAAAUAACGGCUGCCUGAAAGUAACCACGCCGCUAAUUGACUACCUAGUGCAGCGAAAGCUUGAGAAACUGAAACUACGUGAGCAGCGUAGAGAAGAGAGGAAGCAGAGAGAAGUGGAAAAGAAGAAGCUGCGAGAGGAAGAGAAGCGACGUCGACGUCUGGACAAGGAACGUUCCAAAGACUCUUCCAAGAAAGAACCCGGUGGAAAGCUGGACGACACAUUUGAGGAACCAGAGGCAAAUGUUGUGAAGGUUCUCAAGAACCCAGUGAGGGAACAGGACGUCACGGCAAAAGAAGUGGGAAGUGCUAAGGAGAAUAAAGAUGGACAUUCUGGCAGUGCAAAAGAAGCGUCCGGAUACUCCAGACCUUCAACGAUCCCAAGGAUUCCCAGAGGAAACAAGAAGGAGUGGGAAAAACAAAAGACGCCUAGCAGAGUUACAAAGGACUUUGGCGCGUCGUCUAAAGCGAAGGGGGAAGGAGCUCACCGGCCAUCAACCACCGGGCUUAGCCUAGACGCGAAAGCCGAGGAGAAAAGACCGCAAGAAUCCAGAGUGAAAACUGUGGUGGACAGUAAGAAUGCGGCAGUUGAAAAAGAGAAGGAGAAAGAAAGGCCCAGGGAGAGGGAACGAGUCGAGAGAGACAAGGACAGAGAAGAAAAGGAUAGGCAGAAAGACCCACGGACUGAAAGGAGAAUACGAAACAAGGACCGGCCGUCAAUUGAGAUCUAUCGUCCUGGCAUGAGAAGAAUGGCAAAAGCUACUCAAGAGGAUGAGGCUGUACAACGACAUAGUUCAACUAAAACAGGCCAUGGCAGUGACGACACAAAGACUGCGGCGGAUGGCGACUCAAGAAGUCCAGGCACGCCUGCUGACGAUGAAACGUAGCACCCUGAAAGUACUGUGCUUGAGUGUAUUUAUGUGGAAUGGUUUGAAAAAUAAACAUUGUUUUCCUCUUAUA